AUGCAACACAUUCGCUUGCUUUUCAUUUUGCUCACUAGCCUUAUGGCCUCCUUCGGCUGUGCCACAGGUCUCCAGUACCCGAGUAACACAGUUUUUGUUUACUUACACAACUUUUAUCGCCACCUGAUCGGAGCAGGUGGUAUCGCAUCACAACCAGCAGCAGUCCAAAUGCCUGAUAUGGCCAGAGGCGAAAUUGGGCCAGACGCGAGCAUUUUAUCUAUUCUCGAUUCUUGUGUGGGCACCGCGCCUACAUGCCCCAACGGAGGGUGUGAUUGCCACUUUCGGCACCGGCGAGCUGAGCCGGCUCCAAGAGGGGAGUCCACAUUGAGCUGGCUAGUCGAAGCGAUGAGGAUGUCGAAUCAGUGCUGCUCUCUUCUCAGACUCAAGGCGUAG